GUACUGCCAUGGGGAACCGCUAAGCCAAAAUUUGGCGGACCGCUACAAUUGGUGGCGUUUUCGUGUUCGCUAGUUAGGUCUCGCUGCAUUUGGCUGGACGAGGUUCGUAUUGCGCAUAGGCCGGCGGCGUAGCUCCAUAGCUCCUCAAUGUGGCAGAUUUCUUGGCUCCUUGGAGCCGCGAGGGCGCUGCUAGGGUCUCUUUGAGCGGCUGCUUCGAGUGAUCGUCUCGGAUCUGGUGGCUUUGGAAGCAUUGUGGCAAUGUGGAGCGGUGUGGGGGUGAUCUAGAGGCAGGGGUUUGGCCGCGGCGCCGCGCCGAGUGAGAAUGCGCGGGAUGAGAAGCGCGGUGAGGUGAUUCUCCUGCCCGGCGCUGCGCAUCGCGAGUGGCAAUGGAAGGUGUGAAACGAGGUCCAAAUCCGGAGCUUUGGCAUGCCUGUGCUGGGCCGCUCGUCUCUCUGCCCUCUGUUGGGACUCGAGUGGUCUACUUCCCCCAAGGCCACAGCGAACAGGUGGCUGCCUCGACCCAGAAGGAGGCCGAUGCCGACAUUCCUAGCUAUCCCAAUCUUCCGCCCCAUCUCGUUUGUCAACUCCACAACAUCACUCUCCAUGCUGAUACCGAGACGGAUGAAGUGUAUGCCCAGAUGACUCUUCAGCCUAUGAAUGCUCAAGAGAAGGAUUCGUUCAUGGUGUCUGACUUGGGCAGACAGAACCGGCAGCCGUCGGAGUAUUUUUGUAAAACGCUGACAGCAAGUGACACAAGUACACACGGCGGGUUUUCUAUCCCUCGUAGGGCCGCCGAGAAAGUGUUCCCCCCUCUGGACUUUUCCCAGCAACCUCCGGCCCAGGAGAUUGUUGCGAGGGAUUUACACGACACGGAAUGGCGCUUCAGACACAUCUAUCGAGGCCAGCCACGGCGGCACCUUCUUACGACGGGAUGGAGCGUUUUUGUCAGCGCCAAGCGCCUGCAAACUGGCGACGCUGUUCUCUUCAUAAGGGACGAGAAGGGGCAACUUCUUCUUGGAAUAAGGCGUGCAAACCGGCAGCAAGCAUCCAUGCCACUGUCGCUGCUGUCAACUGAUAGCAUGUAUAUUGGUAUUCUUGCGGCCGCAGCGCACGCGAAUUCUACGAGCAGUCGAUUUACUAUAUUCUACAAUCCCAGAGCUAGCCCAUCAGAAUUUGUGAUCCCUUUGUCAAAGUACUACAAUGCAGUAUAUAACAACAUGCAAGUCUCUCCAGGCAUGAGGUUUCGAAUGCAAUUCGAGACUGAGGAGUCUGGAAUCCGAAGGCACACAGGUACGAUUGUUGGUUCCGGUGAUCUGGAUCCAGUGCGAUGGCCGAAUUCUCAUUGGCGCUCAUUAAAGGUUGAGUGGGACGAGCCUGCCGCUGGCGAAAAGCAGCAACGCAUAUCCCUUUGGGAGAUAGAACCCGCUUCAACACCAUACCUCGUCUGUUCUCCGUCUUUCACUUUUCGAUCCAAAAGGCCGUGGUCCCAGGCGUUGGGGCCCAAUCCAAUAGCAAGAGAAGUUGAAGCUGUGGACGCAGGAAAAUGGAUCAAAAGCGAAGGUUUGGAAAAGAACCUGUCAUGGAACAUGUACUCGGAGCAACUCAUGCAGCUCCAUCAACGGCCGGACUCUGCCGCGUCAGGGGCGAGGUCGGACUUUUUUCGUCCCGAUGACUGCAGCCGGGUUCAAGACGCAACGCAUUCGCAAACGCCGAAAGGUUUGCCCAUGCAGCAGAUUCACAUGAAAGGCCAGCAGCAGCAGCAUACGCAACUACUGUCUGCGUUACCCCAACAGCAACAAGCUCACGAGUAUAACUGCCAUCAGCAUCAGCAGCAGCAGCAACAGCAGCAGCAGGUUGUUCAACUCUCGCAACAAUCGUCCGAGUCUGCAUUGCAUCUCUCAAGUGGGCCUCAAUCCCUGAAGCAGCGUGGGGACUCCAGUGAUAUUGCCUUGAGCUCCUAUGGAAGAUCUUACCAGAGCAGUAUGCUGGAACAACAGUACGCAAGAAACAUAGGCGGUGAGCAAGAAGCCAUCCAAAUCAAGGAUACUCACGGCUGGUACGUGGGAGAGAAGGAUUUUCCUACAGAACAGCCACUGCAGUUCGGACAUUUGGACGGAUACUCUGGCAGUGGGGCCGUGUUCUCUAUUAAUGACAUUGAGCAAGGUGUAACGGCCGGUUUAACUUUCAAGGAUGCUCAGCAGCAGCAGGAGCAAGAUACGUUGCCUCUAGAUUCCAGGAGUCAUCUCCUCUUUGGGGUCAGCAUAGAGCCCGAAUGCAUUACUCCUUCGAGCCAGGGGCCGAAAUCGAAGGAUGGUCAGCAACGAGUUCUCAGUUCGACUGCUUCUGAUCUCCACUUGAGCUCAGACAACGGCACCUUGGAAGAACCUGCGUACUUACAGAGAAGUUCUAGCGCGCAGCACAUGUUGCCGAGAACAUUCACCAAGGUGUAUAAGACAGGCUCUGUCGGAAGGUCUCUGGACUUAACACGUCUGAACUGUUACGAUGGGCUGAGAAGUGAGCUGGCUCGAAUGUUUGGACUUGAGGGACAGCUUGAAGACCCGCACCGAUCAGGCUGGCAGCUCGUGUUCGUGGACAACGAAAACGAUGUUUUGCUCGUUGGCGACGAUCCUUGGGAGGAAUUUGUGAGCUGCGUCCGGUGCAUCAAAAUCAUGUCUCCCGCGGAGCUGAGUCACAUGAACCAAGAGCAGCUGAAUGCCAUACAGGCUCGAACGAAUGAAGAGUUUACAGAACAGGAUGCCAAUCCCGGCGUGGAAGUUGAGGAGUUUUAGAUCAACCUCAAGCUGGUGGUUCCAUCGCCAUCGUGAUCAUCACCUUCACCAAGUAGGCAACACCGCGAGCUCGCUUCUCGCGUUGUGUCUGUCCCACACAUCAAGAAGCUAGCCGCAGCAAAAACACCGCUUCAGGCCAGCUCUACUAAUACUCUAAAAGCAAGCCGGAGGUACUGUCUUUACCGCUACUCCCUUUGUAAUUUGGUUGUGGAUUGCUUGUGCUAGCUAGAGAGGUCUUAGCUUCUGUGUACAUAUUAUAUCUAGGUGUGUGGAUGGAUGCAUAGCUAUUCAGUAACAUAUUAACUAGUAGCUAAAGGCAGGGAUUGCAAGCGAAUGGUCCUAUUGCCUGGGUGUUGUUUUUCUCACUGACAAUUUUGUAUACAAGUUCUUGGUUUA